AUGAGAUACGCAAUCAUCUUCGCCGCUACCGCAGCUGCCUCUGAGGCCUACGGUUACGGCAGCUACAACAACACGUCGUCUUCCACCAUCGUCUACCCCUCCUCCAAGGGCGGAAACGGUGGAUACGGAGAGACCUCCACCAACGUCUAUGGAUACGCUACCAUGACACCCGGCUACGGAAAGCCCCCCGUCACCAUCACUUCGCAGUACCAGGCUUACCCGACUUGCGUCAGCAAGGACGGUGACAAGUGCGGCAAGUGGAACGACGAGAAGUACGUCUCCACGGUUAUCAAGGACUACGACAACAAGGAUGUGACGGUCACCAAGACCGAGCAGAUCGUCACCAUCUACAAGACCAAGUCGACCAAGACCAACUCCGCUACGCCCACCCCGACUAGCUACAAGAAGGAUGACUUCAUGAAGGCCGACUGCAAGAGCUCUGCUGACGGUUCAUCCGACGACAAGUCAACUGAGUGGUACGAGCUCUACGAGAAGAGCUACGAGGCCAGCUACAAGGAUCUCGGCCCACACGCCAUGGUCGGCUACCCCGGAUCUGGUCUCCGUGGUGAUCUGAAGGACCACCAGCCCGUCAAGGUCAAGGAGUACAAGGACGGAAAGUGGUCCGAGUACGACGAUGACCUCAAGUACGGCACUCCCGAGGACGUCAAGACCUACGAGAAGGCCGGUGUUUACACCAACCCCAGCAAGGACGUCUACGUUGACCACCCAAUCACCAAGGGUUCAGAGGCUUACGCCACUGCUAAGGCCGGAGCUCCUGUCACCUACGGUGGUGCUUACACCGACGUUGAUGCUCCCUGCACUGUCACUGGCGCUUAUGGCGCUUACGAGACUGGUGUCAGCGAUGGCAAGACCGUCACCUCGACCGUUGUCAAGACCGUCACUGUCUACUGCCCCAAGGCUGGCAAGUGCGAGAUCGCUAAGCCCACCACCACGGUCUACGACCACGACACUGAGUUCGCAUACCCCACUCCUGUGACUUAUGCUCCCGGUGUCUACCACUACGAUGCUGAGACCGUCACCAUCACCGACCCCAGCAAGCCCUACACUUGCGAGUUCAAGCAGACCAAGACCUACGACCACCCCAAGGAGACACCUGCUUACUCCAGCGGCGCUGACUACUACUCCAUGAGCUCCAAGACCGGCGACUACCCCAGCUACGCUACUUCCACCCCUGCUCACGGUGACGACCACCACACCAAGUCCGCCAAGAGCAGCGACUACUCCAGCUAUGCCACCUCCACCCCUGUCCACGGUGACAAGUACUCGGCCUCCUCCUACCCAUCGGUCAGCACCAAGACCGACAAGUACGAGGACCCCAGCUACCCGUCCGCCACCCCC